AUGAGUGAUCCCAUGCUCAGGGAGAAGAAGUUCCUUAAGCCUGUCUUACACAUUUUGGAAGAAAGGUCACAUGAUAGGAUCAGCAUUGUCCGUCAGAUGGCUGUAAGAGGCCUGGGAAAUUUAGUCUAUGGGGCGCCUGAGAAGGUGAAAAAGCACAAGAAGUUUCUUAUGGUCAUAUUGAUCAGGGCCUUAAGUGACCCUUUCAGUUCUGAAGUCAUUGGCAAGAGCAUGAAAGCAGUGGCCAAAGUCCUGAAGGAGCUGAAAGAGAAGGACAUAGGUUCUUCCUUCAGAGACCUCACCCAACAGAUCCGGACCUACUUUGACAACGAGGAUGAUGCUCUUCAUUUAUUGGCCUUUGUCCUAUUUGGCAUCCUGGCCCGCCUGACAAAAAGAAAAUGGAAGGGCUAUUUCACCGACCAGGUUAGACAGAGCUGGGUCACACUUCUGCUGCACCUGCAAGACCCGAACCCCAAGGUUUCAAUGGAAUGCAGAGCUACGUUUCACCUCUGUGUCCCGUUUUUGGGACUGAAGAGGCUCCAAACUGCCGUGAAUGAACACCUUGAUGGCACAGCCGAGCUGAAGCCUGAAGAGCUCCAGGUGGACAUUUGCAGUCACCUUGCCAAAGAGAAUGCCAAGGUGCUGGAGAACUUGCACAAAUCACCAUCAUGUACUUCUGUAGCAGCUGGGAAGAGAUCCGGGCAGUUGCAGCCAAGUUAG